AUGCAGUGCUUCGUACGGAGAAUCCACAAUUCCAGUUUCCAGCUAAAAAAUCUGAGCAAAAUUAUCAAUAAUUCAAAGAAGACUCCAGAGCUAAAAGGUGCCUCCACUAUCUACAAUGCAAAGAGUUCUGCAUCCAAUUAUAAAGGUUAUAUGAGGGCUAAAGUACCUGCAGGACUAUACUUUAACAGAGCACCAUCUUCUCCUACAGGAUCUAUCAACAGUGAAACCAUUCCUUCGUCAUUUUUACCAUCAAACGAUCCAAGAAAACAGUUAGUCCAAGAAAUCGCAUCCAAAGAUGUACUCUCCAAACCGGAUGCCCCACCAGUCUUGCCCAGCCGUAGCAGUCUCCAAGGUAAAAGCUAUCACCUAAAUCCAGAACAAAUCGAGCAAAUCCGCAGGUUGAGAUUAGAAGAUCCCGCAAAGAAUACUAGAAAAUCAUUAGCAUCUCAAUACAACGUAUCACCGCUAUUCAUCUCGAUGGUAUCUGAACCACCAAAGGAAUGGAAACAAGAGAUGGAUUCACGUCUGACAACUAUAAAAUCCAAAUGGCAUGUAAAGAGAGUCACCGCAAGAGAGGAUAGAAAGAGAAGGAAAGAGUUAUGGUACCGUUCCUAA